AGAUAGUAACACAAUAUGGUCAAGCACGAAUUUACCUAUAUAUAUCAUAUGUAUAUAUAUAUAUAUAUAUAUAUACAUAUAACCGUGUAAUAGAGGCAUAGUAUUUAUGUAACGUAUGUUUGCAUGUGUGUGGAACGCGCAGUUUCAUGAUAUAAAAGUAAAUUAAUCGAUUCAAUAAAUUUAAUUUUAUCAAAAUAAUAUUAGAAUAUGUGUAUAAUUUUAAAAAAUAAAAAAAAUUUUGAAUGUUAAUAACAAAAAGAAUAAGAAUUAAUAGAUUUUGAUUUAUAUGUUCUGUUUCGUAGGUGAAAUGUGUAAUUUCCGUUAAUAAAUCAUAGCAAAUGGAAGAUUUUAAAGUGAAAGAUGAACCAAUGGAUGCGUUAAACAUAGACAGUCAGGUUAUGGACGAAAACAUUGUAAGCGUUGUACUUAAAGAAGAACCCGGCGAUAGAUUUGAUCCAGACUACAUGGAGGACAUCUGUUCUGGGACAUUCGAGAAGGUAUUUUUACCUAUCGAAAAUAAUGAAGUUGACUUCUCUAAUGAAAUGGUAAAACUCGAAUUGGAUGGGGAAUCCAGUAGUCAUCAGAAUUGGACAACACAAAUUGCAAAUACAAAUUUGUGUGAUAAAGAAGAUGGUGCUAUGCAAAGGUGCUUAACAAAUGCAAAUUUUGCUCAAGUACAUGAUGUAGAAAAACAUUCUGGAUUUUGUCCAAAUGGACAGCAACCAAAAUUUUAUAAAAUACAAUGUUCUAUUUGCAAAAAAUGGUUUCUAAAUAAUGAUUCUAUGGUUACUCACCUGAGAAUGCACUGUAGUGGAAAUCAGUGUGAGGUUUGUCAACAAAAUUUUCAGGAUAAUUCCAGUUUACAUGCUCAUAUGCUGACUCAUGUUGGAAUGAGUCCAUUGGAAUGCAAUAUCUGUCAAAAACGAUUUGCUUACAAAUGGUGUUUGCGUAGUCAUAUGCAAAUGCAUGUAUUAGAAAAACCAUAUGACAAUGAUGCAUUGCAACACGCAUUUAUAAAAAGACCUGAUUCUGAGCAUGACCAAUCCAUGAGUACAGAAGAAAGAGUAUUUGAAUGUGAUGUUUGUCACGCGACAUUUAAAGAAAAAUCUAGUCUGAAUCGGCAUGUGGUUACUCAUACAGAGGAAAGACCAUAUAAAUGCGAUGUAUGUUUUGCAGCAUUUAGGGAAAAAGCAAAAUUGAAUAUGCAUAUGGUGUUACAUGGAAACAAACAAUUCAAGUGUACAAUGUGUCAUAGAUCAUUUACACAGAAAACAGCAUUAAACAAUCAUAUGUUAGCACAUAGUGGUGAGAAACCACAUGCAUGUAAUAUUUGUGAAAAAACAUAACGGAAAUCAGAAUUAAUAAGACAUACUAUGGUUCAUACUGGUGAAAGGCCAUAUGAAUGUAAAGAAUGUCUAAUGACUUUUCGAGAAAAAGCAAAAUUAAAUUCUCAUAUGCUUGUGCACACAGGUGAAAAACCACAUGAGUGUCAUAUAUGUCAUAAAGCAUGUGCCCGCAAAUCCGAUCUUAAUAGUCAUAUGCUGUUACAUACAGGGGGCCAAUAUGAUUGCAAAGUCUGCGAUAAAAUAUUUACUCGUAAGUCAGAUUUAAAUCGACAUACUUUGAUACAUACAGGUGAAAAGCCAUUUGCUUGUGAAUUAUGCGACAUGGCCUUCAGAGAAAAAACUAGAUUAAAUUCUCAUAUGCUUAUACAUACUGGCGAUAAACGACAUGCCUGUCACAUUUGUCAAAAAACCUUCAAAGAGAAGUCUUCAUUGCGAAAACAUAUGUUAAGUCAUACUGGUGAUAGACCAUAUGAAUGCUAUGUAUGCCAUAAAGCAUUUACUCAAAAAACAACAUUAAAUAGUCAUAUAUUGGUACAUGCAGGAGAACGACCAUACGAGUGUAGUGCAUGUCAGAAAAUAUUUAAAGAUAAAGCAACAUUGAAAAAACAUUUGUCUGUGCACAUAAAUGAAAAAACUCAUGAAUGUUUAAUUUGUUUAAAAAAAUUUGCCCAUAAAGCUGCGUUAAAUAGUCAUUUAUCCACAAAUCAUACAUCCUAAAUAGGGUGAUCUAGUCUAUUAUGUUUCAGCUUUUAGUUCUUUUUAUUAAGCAUUGUUCGUCUAUAGCUGCAUAAAAAUGAUUACAUACAUCCAUUUUAUAUGCUCAUUGGCCCAAACAAUCAUAUUCUUUCCUGUAUCUUUAUGUAUAAUAAAUUAAUUUCUAAUUAA